AUUUUGAAGAGACCAAGGUUGGGGGGGGGGGCUUAUUUCCUGACAGCUAUUUACUUAGAGCAAAUGAUUAGUUUUAGAAGGAUGGACUAUAACGUUGAAUCAAUUACAAAACGCGGUUUUUGAGCCCAUUACUGUUGGAGCUACAAGGAGAGAAACAGAGGAGGAGACUACAAGCGAUCAUUGGAGGCCGUGGACACGCUCUUUACUCCAUGUGUGGGACAUUCAUUGCGGAAUAACAUAGGAGGAGAAGUUUUCCAGAGCUAUGGGGACUUCCCAUCCGGCGUUCCUGGUCUUAGGCUGUCUUCUUACAGGGCUGAGCCUAAUCCUCUGCCAGCUUUCAUUACCCUCUAUCCUUCCAAAUGAAAAUGAAAAGGUUGUGCAGCUGAAUUCAUCCUUUUCUCUGAGAUGCUUUGGGGAGAGUGAAGUGAGCUGGCAGUACCCCAUGUCUGAAGAAGAGAACUCCAGUGUGGAAAUCAGAAAUGAGGAAAACAACAGUGGCCUUUUUGUGACGGUCUUGGAAGUGAGCAAUGCCUCGGCAGCCCACACAGGGCUGUACACUUGCUAUUACAACCACACUCAGACAGAAGAGAAUGAGCUUGAAGGCAGGCACAUUUACAUCUAUGUGCCAGACCCAGAUGUUGCCUUUGUACCUCUAGGAAUGACGGAUUAUUUAGUCAUUGUGGAGGACGAUGAUUCUGCCAUCAUACCUUGUCGCACCACUGAUCCUGAGACUCCUGUAACCUUACACAACAGCGAGGGGGUGGUACCUGCCUCCUACGACAGCAGACAGGGCUUUAAUGGGACCUUCACUGUCGGGCCCUAUAUCUGUGAGGCCACCGUCAAAGGAAAAAAGUUCCAGACCAUCCCUUUUAAUGUUUAUGCUUUAAAAGCAACAUCAAAGCUGGAUCUAGAAAUGGAAGCUCUUAAAACUGUGUAUAAGUCAGGGGAAACGAUUAUAGUCACCUGUGCUGUUUUUAACAAUGAGGUGGUUGACCUUCAGUGGACUUACCCUGGAGAAGUGAAAGGCAAAGGCAUCACAAUGCUUGAAGAAAUCAAAGUCCCAUCCAUCAAAUUGGUGUACACUUUGACGGUCCCCGAGGCCACGGUGAAAGACAGUGGAGAUUACGAAUGUGCUGCCCGCCAGGCUACCAGGGAGGUCAAAGAAAUGAAGAAAGUCACUAUUUCUGUCCAUGAGAAAGGCUUCAUUGAGAUCAAACCCAACUUCAGCCAGUUGGAAGCUGUCAACCUGCAUGAAGUCAAAAAUUUUGUCGUAGAGGUACAGGCCUACCCAACUCCCAGGAUAUCCUGGCUGAAAAACAACCUGACUCUGAUCGAAAAUCUCACCGAGAUCACCACUGAUGUGGAAAAGAUUCAGGAAACAAGGUAUCGAAGCCAAUUAAAGCUGAUCCGUGCUAAGGAAGAAGACAGUGGCCAUUAUACUAUUGUAGUUCAAAAUGAAGAUGAUGUGAAGAGCUAUACUUUUGAACUGUUAACUCAAGUUCCUUCAUCCAUUCUGGACUUGGUUGAUGAUCACCAUGGCUCAACUGGGGGUCAGACAGUGAGGUGCAUGGCUGAAGGCACACCGCUUCCUGAUAUUGAGUGGAUGAUUUGCAAGGAUAUUAAGAAAUGUAAUAAUGAAACUUCGUGGACGAUUUUGGCCAACAAUGUCUCAAACAUCAUCACGGAGGUCCAUCCCCGAGGCAGGAGUACCGUGGAGGGCCGUGUGACUUUCGCCAAAGUGGAGGAGACCAUUGCGGUGCGAUGCCUGGCUAAGAAUCUCCUUGGUGCUGAGAACCGAGAGCUGAAGCUCGUAGCUCCCACCCUGCGUUCUGAACUCACGGUGGCUGCUGCGGUCCUGGUGCUGUUGGUGAUUGUGAUCAUCUCACUCAUUGUUCUGGUCGUCAUUUGGAAACAGAAACCGAGGUAUGAAAUUCGCUGGAGGGUCAUUGAAUCAAUCAGCCCUGAUGGACAUGAAUAUAUUUAUGUGGACCCGAUGCAGCUGCCUUAUGACUCAAGAUGGGAGUUUCCAAGAGAUGGACUAGUGCUUGGUCGGGUGUUGGGGUCUGGAGCGUUUGGGAAGGUGGUUGAAGGAACAGCCUAUGGACUGAGCCGAUCCCAGCCUGUCAUGAAGGUUGCCGUGAAGAUGUUAAAGCCCACAGCCAGAUCCAGUGAAAAACAAGCUCUCAUGUCUGAACUGAAGAUAAUGACUCACCUGGGGCCACAUUUGAACAUUGUAAACUUGCUGGGAGCCUGCACCAAGUCAGGCCCCAUCUACAUCAUCACAGAGUACUGCUUCUAUGGAGAUUUGGUAAACUAUUUGCAUAAGAAUCGGGAUAGCUUCCUGAGCCACCACCCAGAGAAGCCAAAGAAAGAGCUGGAUAUCUUUGGAUUGAACCCUGCUGAUGAAAGCACACGGAGCUAUGUUAUUUUGUCUUUUGAAAACAAUGGUGACUACAUGGAUAUGAAGCAAGCUGAUACUACACAGUAUGUCCCCAUGCUGGAAAGGAAAGAAGUUUCUAAAUAUUCCGACAUCCAGAGAUCACUCUAUGAUCGUCCAGCCUCAUAUAAGAAGAAAUCCAUGUUAGACUCAGAAGUCAAAAACCUCCUUUCAGAUGAUAACUCAGAAGGCCUUACUCUGUUGGAUUUGUUGAGCUUCACCUAUCAAGUUGCCCGAGGAAUGGAGUUUUUGGCCUCAAAAAAUUGUGUCCACCGGGAUCUGGCUGCUCGUAAUGUCCUCCUGGCACAAGGAAAAAUCGUGAAGAUCUGUGACUUUGGCCUGGCCAGAGACAUCAUGCAUGACUCGAACUACGUGUCAAAAGGCAGCACCUUUCUGCCUGUGAAGUGGAUGGCUCCUGAGAGCAUCUUUGACAACCUCUACACCACACUGAGUGACGUCUGGUCUUACGGCAUUCUGCUCUGGGAGAUCUUUUCCCUUGGUGGCACCCCUUACCCUGGCAUGAUGGUGGAUUCUACUUUCUACAAUAAGAUCAAGAGUGGAUACCGGAUGGCCAAGCCUGACCACGCUACCAGUGAAGUCUAUGAGAUCAUGGUGAAAUGCUGGAACAGUGAGCCGGAAAAGAGACCCUCCUUUUACCACCUGAGUGAGAUUGUAGAGAAUCUGCUGCCUGGACAAUAUAAAAAGAGUUACGAAAAAAUUCACCUGGACUUCCUGAAGAGUGACCAUCCUGCCGUGGCACGCAUGCGUGUGGACUCAGACAACGCGUACGUUGGUGUCACCUACAAAAACGAGGAAGACAAGCUGAAGGACUGGGAGGGUGGCCUGGAUGAGCAGAGGCUGAGCGCUGACAGUGGCUACAUCAUUCCUCUGCCUGACAUCGACCCUGUCCCCGAGGAGGAGGACCUGGGCAAGAGGAACAGACACAGCUCGCAGACCUCUGAAGAGAGUGCCAUUGAGACGGGUUCCAGCAGUUCCACCUUCAUCAAGAGAGAGGACGAGACCAUUGAAGACAUCGACAUGAUGGACGACAUCGGCAUAGACUCUUCAGACCUGGUGGAAGACAGCUUCCUGUAACUGACGAUUCGAGGGGUUCUUUCACUUCCGGGGCCACCUCUGGAUCCCAUUCAGAAAACCACUUUAUUGCAAUGCAAAGGUUGAGAGGAGGACUUGGUUGAUGUUUAAAGAGAAGUUCCCAGCCAAGGGCCUCAGGGAGCCUUCUACGUGUGAAUAAAUGGGAUAUUUUGAAAGGAACUUUUUCAGCGUUGCCUCUUGUAAUGCCUCAGUAGCAUCUCAGUGGCGUGUGAAAUUAGGAGAUAGAUGAACAAGGGAAUAAUAGGCCACAGAAGGUGAACUUUGUGUUUCAAGGGCAUUGAUGAGAGUCCAAUGGACACAAUUUAUUCUGCGACAGAACUUCAGCAUUGUAAUUAUGUAAAUAACUCUAACCAAGGCUGUGUUAGUAGAUUGUAUUAACUAUCUUCUUUGGACUUCUGAAGAGACCACUCAAUCCAUCCAUGUACUUCCCUUUUGAAACCUGGUAUCAGCUGCUGUUGAACUUUUUUUGUGAAGUGCAUGAAAAACCACUUUUGAACCCUGAAAGGUACUGGUACUAUACAUUUUACUUUUUUUUUUUUUUUUUUUUUUUUAGUGUUAAAGAAAUCAAGAAUAAUAAUUAACCAACCUUGUUUAAUAGAUUUGGGUCAUUUAGAAGGCUGACAACUCAUUUUCGUAUUGUAAUCUACAUUUAUAAUACUACUACUGUUAUCAGUAAUGCUAAAUGUGUAAUAUGUAACAUGAUUUCCCUCCAGAGAAAGCACAAUUUUAAAAAAUCCUUACUACGUAGGUGACAAGUUUGACAGUUUUUGACAUUUAUAUUAAAUAACAUGUUUCUCUAUAAAGUAUGGUAAUAGCUUUAGUGAAUUAAAUUUAGUUGAGCAUAGAGAACAAAGUAAAAGUAGUGUUGUCCAGGAAGUCAGAGUUUUUAACUGUACUGAAUAGGUUCCCCAAUCCAUGGUAUUAAAAACAAUUAACUGCCCUCUGAAAUAAUGGGAUUAGAAACCACAAAACUAAAGUCCUAAAAGUUCUCCAUGUAGGGCCAUAAACCUGUGUUGAACAUGACUUCUCAUCUAUAUUACCCAAUGGAAAAUACAACGAUCAGCAAAAAGACUGGAUUUGCAGAGGUUUUUUUUCCUUCUUCUUCUUCUUCGUGCCUGGUGAAAGCUUCAGCAAAUCCCAGUCUAUAUAUUUUUUGAAUCUGUGAACCUGAAAACGAUCAGAAGAAUGCCCAGACAUCAGCCUCCUUCUUCCACCCUUUACCCAAAAAAGAAAGAGUUUGAAACUUGAGACCAUAAAGGUAUUGUUUCGCAGAGGCUGCACGUGCUGUUCUGAUCGGCCAGUUUUCAGAAACACUGACUUAAGUUUCAGGAAGUUGCCAUGGGAAACAAAUAAUUUGAACUUUAGAACAGGGUUGGAAUUCAACCACACAGGAAGCCUACUAUUUAAAUCCUUGGCUUCAGGUCAGUGACAUUUAACACCAUCUAGCUAGCAAUUGUGACCCUUAAUUUAACUUUCCAGUCUUAGCUGAGGCUGAGAAAGCCAGAGUUUGGUUUUGGCGGGUUUUCCAAAAGUAAAGACGCUACUUCCCACCAUAUGGGGAAGCUGAACUUGUCCCAUCUCCAAUCUCCCACCUCCUCCUCCGUCCCCCACCAAGGAAAAGCAUGUACAAAAAUUAUGCAGUUCAGUGUUCCAAGUCUCUGUAACCAGCUCAGUGUUUUGGUGAAAAAAAGAAAAUAAGUUUUACUGAUAAUUUGGGUUUAGAUGGGAGGAGGAAUUGUCACGUCUUAUCCACACCGUCAAACAGGUUGGUGUGGGUUCAUUGGCAUUCUUUGCAAUACUGCUUAAUUGCUGAAACCAUAUGAAUGAAACAUGGGCUGUGAUUACUGCAAUCACUGUAUGUGCUAUCGGCAGGUGAUGCUUUGGAAGAUGCAGAAGCAAUAACAAAGCACUUGACUACCUACUGGUAUAAUCUCAAUGCAAGCCCUAACUUUCUUAUCCACCUUUUUCAUAGUAAGUGCAAAGACUGAGCCAGAUUGGCCAAUCAAAAAGGAAAACCUGACUAGGUUCUGUAGAGCCAAUUAGACUUGAAAUACAUUUGUGUUUCUAGAAUCACAGCUCAAGCAUUCUGUUUACCGCUCACUCUCCCUUGCAUAGCCUUAUUUUGUUGGUGCUUUGCAUUUUGAUAUGGCCAUGAGCUUGCAUGACAUCAUGAGGCGGGAUGAAACUUCUCAGACCAGCAGUUUCCAGUCCUAACAAAUGCUCCCACCUGAAUUUGUAUAUGACUGCAUGUUGUGUGUGUUUGUGUGUGUGCGCGUGUUUUCAGCAAAUUACAGAUUUGUUUCCUUUUUGGCCUCCUGCAAAGUCUCCAGAAGAAAAUUUGCCAAACUUUCCUAUUUUCUAAUUUUAUGAUGACAAUCAAAGCUGGCCUGAGAAACACAAUUUGUGACUUUUAAAAACAUCAAUGAUGUCCUUAAGAUGUGGUCUGCCAAUCUGUACAAAAUGGUCCUAUUUUUGUGAAGAGGGACGUACGAUAAAAUGAUGUUAUACAUCGAUAUGUAUAUAUGUAUUUCUAUAUAGACUUGGAGAAUACUGCCAAAACAUUUAUGACAAGCUGUAUCACUGCCUUUGUUUAUAUUUUUUUUAACUGUGAUAAUCCCCACAGGCACAUUAACUGUUGCACUUUUGAAUGUCCAAAAUUUAUAUUUUAGAAAUAAUAAAGAGAAAAAUACUUAACAUGUUCCCAAAACAGCAAUGUGGUGAAUGUGUGAUAAGAACUAACUUGAUAGGGUCUACCGAUACAAAAUGUAUUACAAAUGCCCCUGUUCACGUUUUUGUUUUAAAACGUGUAAAUGAAGAUCUUUAUAUUUCAAUAAAUGAUAUAUAAUUUAAAGUUA